UGUCAUGCGAAGGGCACCUUCCUCCGUACUGACGCAAACCCAGUCUUUACCACGGAGGUAGUCUAUAGAAAGCUUUGCACUAAGCACGGUUAAACCCAUUCUUCUUCCAGGUCUCUUUACAGCAGUUUUUCGACAUUUCAACAUCAGUACAUCCUCUGCAGAAAUGCCUUAAACAAGCAAGCUGCAGGUGAUGGAUUAAACAGGUAGACCGUGUCCUCUUCUGAACCUUUUUUUCGUCAACAUGAAUGUAGCAUGUUCGUUUUAAGAAAUACCAUUAAUUCUUACAUUUCUUUGUUUUCUCUCCAUGUGCGGAGAGUAAUUUGUAUUUCUGCACGCUCGGGUCUUCUCAGCGCUGUAGCCGAACGCCGGCGAUCAUGCAUGCCUGCCGGGGAGAGGGGAGCUGUCGUGAGCCCGGCAGCUUGUCUAUUGCCCAUAAAACUCAUUGGAUUUGUGGAGCUGAAUGACAUGGGGGAAAUGGGGCGUAAAAUUAAAGAAUUUCGCAGUAACGGAGACCUGGAGAAGCAAACCCCCCUUAGACCAUGAUCUGAAACCCAGAGCAGCGGAGCAAAAACAUGCUACAAAGGGCUUUUAAAACACAGCAGAAAAUAACCACCGCUUCAGCAUUGUUUUAUAACUGUGAUUAGCUAAAUGUUUGAUUGGAAAAUAAAUCUACAUCUCAAAUUAUAUUAACGAUAACACUGAAAUUGUGUUUCUGUUUGAAUACUGUUAAUGUUUCCUCUUAUUUCCUGUGCUGAGAUUUAGCCUCCUUGUACAUUCCAUUUUGCAGGACCUCUCAGACCAGAGAGAGAUGACAAAACAGCCUGCAAACGCUCCUAUGGGUUUUAACCCGUUGCACCAGCACGAGGGAGUGGUGGGAGUUACAGCAAACUUACCGGAUAAUGCCAUUAGCCAAAUGUCCGCCGCUUACUCACCACCUCAACCGCCAUCCUCAAACGAGAGCAAAACUUUCUGUCCCAUGGAAAAUAAACCAGGGGAAUCGGGAGAAGCCAGUAAAGUAUAUGGGACGUUUAAGAAUGCCGCUCCAACAGCGCCUGGAUCAGUGGCAGCGAACUCGGCCUUCCAUAAGGAUUCCAUCAGCUCCGCUGGCGGUUCUGCAGCCAGGGGUGUACCUGUUCAGUACGGCGACCAGUUUAGGACCACUGGGGAUCGAAACAACGCCUCAGGCAACUGGACCACCAUGAGCCAGACCACCAUCAUUCUAGGCACAGAUGGCAACCCGUCUGUUCAGCCUAGUGCCGUGACUGGGGAGGACGAUGAGGACGAUAGUGGAGAUGAGAAUAAGGCCAGGGGAAACUGGACUAAUAAAUUGGAUUUCAUCUUGUCUAUGGUUGGCUAUGCGGUGGGACUGGGAAACGUGUGGAGGUUUCCAUACCUUGCCUUCCAAAAUGGUGGAGGUGCCUUUUUGAUCCCCUACCUGAUAAUGUUGUGCCUUGCCGGAAUCCCUAUCUUUUUAUUGGAGGUGUCCCUGGGCCAGUUUGCCAGUCAAGGCCCUGUGUCCGUGUGGAAAGCCAUCCCGGCCCUGCAAGGUUGCGGGAUUGCCAUGUUGAUAAUAUCUGUCUUGAUAGCCAUAUACUAUAACAUUAUAAUGUGCUGGACACUGUACUACCUGUUCGCUUCGUUGAAGGGCUCACUGCCAUGGGCUAACUGUAAGAACGAGUGGAACACGUUGGACUGUAAGGACAAAGACAUGCUCCUCUUAGACAGGUGUAUCCUCCAUGAUAGAAACGUCACCUCUGUAAAGAACAGCUCAUUCUGUCUAUCAGCUCAAGCCCUUGGAAACCUGUCAAAACUGGUUAACAUGUCUUAUCCGGAUAACAAAACAUACGUCAGCCCCAGCGAGGAGUACUUUAAGUACAAUGUCUUGCACAUAUCCAAAGGGAUAGAAUACCCUGGAGACAUCCGCUGGCCCCUAGCAGGCUGCCUGUUUCUGGCCUGGCUCAUAGUAUACCUUUCCCUGGCCAAAGGAAUCAAGUCAUCAGGAAAAGUGGUGUAUUUCACAGCUACGUUCCCCUAUGUAGUGCUGAUCAUUCUAUUGUUCCGAGGAGUAACCCUCCCAGGGGCUGGCGACGGCAUCCUCUACUUCAUCACACCCAAGUGGGAGAAACUUAAUGAUGCUAAGGUGUGGAAGGAUGCUGCCACCCAGAUAUUCUUCUCUCUGUCGGCAGCCUGGGGAGGUCUCAUCACACUUUCCUCUUACAACAAGUUCCAUAACAACUGCUACAGGGACACAAUAAUAGUGACCUGCGUUAACAGUGGCACAAGCAUAUUCGCUGGGUUUGUCAUCUUCUCCGUCAUUGGAUUCAUGGCCCAUGAACUUAAGGUGCCCAUUGAGAAGGUUGCUGAUGAAGGUCCAGGCAUAGCAUUCGUGGUUUACCCAGAGGCUCUGACCAGACUUCCACUAUCUCCGUUCUGGGCCAUCAUCUUCUUCCUCAUGCUGUUAACCCUCGGCCUGGAUACCAUGUUUGCCACCAUUGAGACCAUAGUGACGUCAGUUUCUGAUGAGUUCCCCAAGUACCUGAGGAAGCACAAGCCUCUGUUCACUCUCAUCUGCUGUGCCUGUUUCUUCUUACUGGGAUUCCCUAUGGUCACAGAGAAUGGGAUGUACAUGCUGCAGUUGGUGGACACAUAUGCUGCGUCCUACUCUCUGGUCAUCAUUGCCAUCUUUGAGCUGUUAGGAAUCUCCUACUUAUAUGGCCUGCAAAGGUUCUGCGAGGACAUUGAAAUGAUGAUUGGCUUCCAACCAAAUCGUUUUUGGAGAAUCUGCUGGGCCUUUGUUACUCCUACCAUACUGACGGGAAUCCUGGGUCUCAGUCUAUACCAGUGGAAGGUGAUGACGUAUGAGGACUACACAUACCCCCCCUGGUCCAUGGUAAUGGGCUGGCUGAUGGUGGUGUGUUCAGUCAUUUGGAUCCCAAUCAUGUUUGCCAUCAAAAUGCACUUGGCCCCUGGCAGCAUUAUGGAGCGCUUGAAGCUGGUGUGCACCCCUCAGCCCGACUGGGGGCCCUUCCUGGAGAAGCACAGAGGGGAGCGCUACCAGAACAUGAUGGAUCCCCAUGGAUCCAACUCCCUGGGCCUCAAACUGCCCCCCAAAGAUUUCCAGCUAGGCACCUACCAGUAGUAACCUCCAUUAGCACCACCACCAGCGCAACAGCAGAUGUCCUGAAGGAGAGAGAGCGGGAGCACUACCUUCACCUCCAUCUCUUCGUUCUCUUUUUCUUCACUUUUACUUUACCUUUCCUGCUUCCUCUUUUCCCCUUCAGUGUAGGUGGGAGAAAAGAAGGCCAACAUCUCCUCUGCCUCCUUCCCCCCGUUCUCCCGUCCACCACCCUUUCCUUUUAUCCUUUCUUGUAGGUAGGUUCUCAAAAUGUGGGAAGUAGGCACUCAAAGAUGUGUUCUGCCCUCCACUCCAACAUUGCUUUCUCUAGCAGGCACCCAUAUUACACCCUGCCCUGAGAAUGGGCUGUCCUCUUUCUCCUUCUGAUGCGCUGCCAUUUACUCCACAGCCCUUUCUGAGGGGAUCUCUUAUUUAAAAAGCAAAAUGUGUACUGACACAGUUCUGACUGUGAUGGCAAUAUUCGACUACUCAGUACAUUUCCCUGUGAAAUGUUUUGUUGUGUUUAUAUGAUAAUCUAAAAACAAGUCUGUCACCAACAAAAAGGCAUCAAAUCCAUGAAAACUGACAGAGAGGUCAGGGUCUGAUGAAAACCAAUGUUUCUCUAUGAGACCAUGAUUUACCGUAUAAAUUCAAUUUCUGUUCAAAAUAAAGUAGGCAAUAAAAGUGAAAUAAACUGCCUACAAAUGAUGCAGUAUGUACAGACGUUAUGGUUAAUUUCAUUGCUGGUAUUUGUUCCUGUCAGCUAUAUAAACACACAUAGUAAUUGGGCUCCCUUGCUUAAUCUGAAAUAAAUGAUGAGUUACGUGCAAUUUGUGCCUCCUACCUUUCCAGUAGAUAAGGAGAUGCCUAUAGCUGAUUAUUUUAACUCUUAACAGUUUAAUCUUGUAUUAUUUUGCUUUGUAGGAGCCUGGGCCUAUAUUUAGUUGUAACCAAGGGGCAAUUUGUGGUGCCCUCACUCUUUCUCUAUUUAGAAAUCUCUGUAAUUCAUAUUCUUGUUACCACAUCCAUAGAACUUGUGUAGUCGCUCAUCCUUUAGUAGCUUAAGAUAUGCAAAAUGGCCAUGUGAAAUUGUAGUGAUUCUUCUAAGUGUUUAGAACGGUCCGAUAGCCUUUACAUGCAUACAAAUGAAACCAACUAUUUAUUGCUGUAAAUAUAUGUUGUGGUCUUUCAUGGCAACUGUAGAACCCCCAUUGUCCUCACAUCCACAACUUUAGUGGGGUAAAACAAUAUACAGUAUAGCUAUAUCUGUAUA